AUGGCCGCUUCAAUCGUCAAGUUUUUAAUAGUCUGUCUGCUCUGCAGCGUAGUCCUUGCUCUAAGGGAUAAGUACUGCAGCAAGGAAUAUUGUAGCAUUCCAAAAGCUAAGCAUAUUGCAUGUGGAAAAACAAAGGAUCAUUUCGGUCGUAAAUGUGAAUCAGAUGCUAGGGUGGUCAAUAUCUCUGAUAUUAAUGAAAUACUUGUAUUUCGCCUAAACGAAUAUCGCUCUUUGGUGGCUAAAGGUGGCUACAAUGGAUAUAUGCCAGCUGCUCGCAUGGGAUCGCUUUCAUGGAAUAAAGAACUUGCUGAUAUGGCCGAGUACAAUGUCCGUGAAUGCACAUUGCACAAGGAUGUGUGUUUCAAUACAAAACAUUUCCGCCACGUUGGUCAUAUCGCCUCCUAUCGCGGCCUUCAUGGAGGCACCCAAACAGUUAGCCAAUUACUAAGUGAAUUACUAAGAACUUGGUUUGAGCCACAGGGAGAGAUCACAAUGAACGAUAUUGUCAACUACUACGGUACUUCGACCAAACUGUAUCAAAAUACAGAUUUUCUGCAAAUUAUUCUGGAGAAUGCCAAUUCGAUUGGAUGCGCAGCUCUGCAGCAGAUGAAAAAUGGAUGGCACCAAACAUAUUUUACGUGUAUUUUUGAGAAUGGUCUCGUUGUGGGAAAACCAAUUUAUACACCAGGGAGAGUUGCAGGCGAGGACUGUUGGUUUGCCAAGCAUCCGAAGUUUAAACAUCUUUGCAGCGAUAAAGAGGACUACCAUUCCCGUAAAUCUAAAGCUAAAGCUCAAGUUCAAGAUAAAGCUAAAGCUCAAGAUAAAGUUAAAGCUCAAGAUAAAGUUAAAGCUCGGAGUGGUGCAUCGAUUAAACAAGCAGAUGCAGCGCCAGCUGAAGGAUCAGAGGCAACAACAACUGGAGAAGCUGCGGUAACCGACGGAACAGAGCUGAAGCCAGCGAACGGAUCUGAGGCAACGUCAACUGCAGAAUCUCAAAGCUCAUCACUUGUGGUGGAAUCUCAGACAACAGCAACUCAAGCAGCUGAAUCGUCAGCUGUAGGAUCUGAAACUUCAUCAACGAGUGAGAAAACAUCUACAAAUUUAGACGCUGGCCAAGAAACAACGAUAUCUACCGAUGGAAAUGAUGUAUCGACGACAAGUGAGCCCGCAGCUGAAACUGAGGAUGAGGAUGCAUUUACAACAACGAAAGCACCACUUAGCAUAUUACGCAAGGAGUUUGAAAAAUAUUUGCGUAUGCUUAACAUGGCAGCAAAGCUUGUACAAAUUAAGCGUAUUGUAAUUAAAACAAACAACUAUGCAGUGGGCGCUCGUAAGUCUGGUAGGAGAUGCUCGGAUGAUAUAUGGCCUAUGAUAUGGGCUUUGGGUAAUAUAAGAAGGUAAACUAAACAAAAUUAUGUUGAUGAUGUCUUUUUAUAAUAUAUAUUUUAUACAAGUUCAGCAAA